AACGUUUGUUUUAUUAUCUGCUAUGCUAACCUUGCGCUAUGGGCAUUGCCUUUAUAAGUAAGUAACAAGUUCAACGACAUAGUCCUUGUACGGGGUUGCGAAGGAGUCCACGGAUCCGUUGUCCGUCCAGCCCGAUUGUCUUGAUAUGAAUCACAAUGGCACCAGGCUUACAGAGAAAUGCAUGCCUCUCAUGUCGUCAGAGAAAGCUCAAAUGUGACCGACAGCAUCCGUGCGCGAACUGUAUCGCCCGGUCGAUUGAGUGCACUGAGCAGUUAUUGCCGGCUCCCAGCCGAGCAUUGAAGAGGCCGUUGCCUCAAGAGCCAGAUCCCGCAACACUGUCAAGUAUACUAUCGAGACUAGAUCAGAUCGAAAGCUACCUCGGCCCAGCUCAAGACAGUAGACAUGUUUCAGUGUCAUUGCCCAUUGGUAACCAGCUCAACACUAUUCGAUUCAAUGUCCCCAACUCUAUACCGAAGACACAAGAACCGUCCGAUAAGCCCAUCAUCGGGUUGAUGUCCUCUGAAGAUCAUAUGCAGGCUACCCAAUAUUCGGUCAACGACAGUUUUUUGCGCCAAGCACUCAUGCACGAGCUCAGCAUUUCAAUCUCCCAAGACUACAAAUCGCAGACAACGACCAAACCUCGCCACAUACAGCUACCUCCCAAAUGGGAGACCCUCCGCUUAUUCGGCGUCUACUUUCGCUACUUGGGCCAGGUCCAGCAUAUAAUCUAUGAACCACACGCUCGCACUCUUGUAGAUGAAGCGUAUGACCAGGUCGUUAAUGUUUCUGCAACGACUGCUCCUCGAGGACUUGCUUUGAUUCUCAGUGUCAUCGCGUUCGCCACGAUUCUUGAGCCUGUGAAUGGAGAUCUGGCUACGGCUAUUCCAAUACUCAAAGAACGACUCGGGAUAUUUGCCACCUACAUCCGAUCGUCGAUGGACUGUCUGGAGCAACACCGUCGGAGAAUAGAUCACACGCUCGAAAGUGUACAGGCACUCAUCCUUGUCGGUUUCGGCAUCUACCACAUCGAGGCAUUCUCUCCAAGAUACCGCGUGUUACUUGCUGAAGCCAUUGCUGUCUCUCAUAGUCUUGGCCUCCAUGCUGUUGACCUAGCGUCGGCUAGCCGAGGCCACCAAAGGGUUGAGACUGACUCGGUGACCCAAGAGAUGAAGAGACGAGUUUGGUGGUACCUUGCAGCAACAGACUGGGCCUCCUCAAAGGCAGAAGGAUCGUCCGGAGUCACAUACCUUGUCCAUCCAAAGCUCAUCAAUACCAAUCUCCCAAAGCAUAUCAACGACGAUGACCUCGGCAAGCUUGAUCUCAAUGAAAGACCCAUUUCAGAACCCACUUCCAUGUCGUACAACCUCCAACGUCUAAAGACCGCCGAGGUAGCUCGCUGUAUCUCUGAUCUGAUGCCGCACGAUCCAAGCGAAGCGUCAUGUGAGUUGAUACUCUCACUCGACGCGAAACUUGAAUCGUUGCUGUGCGAGCUUCCAGACUUCUUCAAGAUAGAAUGGAAGGACUCCCAGGAGACUCAACGAAUAGACGAAGCGCAUCCCUACAUUCCAUUGCAGCGGCUUCUGGCCAACCUGCUGAUCAACAUUGUCCGAUGCGGACUGCAUUUCCCCUACCUCUCCGGACGCGCCAACAAGUCUCUGCAUGCUUUUUCACGUCAAGCCAGCCUAAAAGCCGCUCGAGCCGUGCUUUCAUCCCAUCGGGGUAUGAGCAUGGCGGACAUGUCACACUCUGCCGAUUUUAUGAAGAUCCAAGGCACGAUAUUCCACAUAUUUGUGGGGGCACUUGUUCUUGCUGCGGAUAUCUGCUGUAAUCAACAGUGUGGACAGGAUGGCGAGACGCAGUAUUCAGAGCUGAUGGCGGUUCUGAAGCAGCUGGAUGAUGUUAAAGGUCAUUCUCAAAUGGCUGCGAGAUUGUUGGACGUUUUGACGCAGUUGUUGAUCAAGUAUAGGAUCUGGUCGCCGUCUGCGACGAUCUCGACGUAUGAGGAGGGUGUGACGCCACUGCAUGAUGUUUCGUUGAGAGAUGCAGAGCUAGGAAUUGAUGAUCUUGAGAUGGUGUUUCCGUUUGACGAGUUAUGGGAGACGUUUGUUGAACGACCGUCGGGUUUCAACGUGCUGGAUAUUUUGGAAGUUUAGGGGCCUACUCGGGAGAAUGUAACGGAAGAGUCAUGUCCACUUCUUAUCACUUAGCUCUCUUGUCUCAGUUGUUUGGUUUGUAGAACCAAUCUUGGAGUUCUGAUCACGGGCCUGUGUGCCGCACAAAGGGCCGUUCAGCGAGAAGAUGAGAACUCUAUGGGAUCCUGCGUCAUCCAGUGAGCAAGGCUGUAUUUGAUGGAUUCAAGCUACCUGUAGAGAUAACCCUUGAUCAAAAGUCUGAUAACGGUAGAUCUGCCUUUAUCUAGGGUAGUUCUGAAGGCAGAGUGAAGGACAGCUUUUGGCCUG